AUGAGUGCUUCGGAUAUUGAUUUGUCCGAAAAGGUACUAAGAUAACCUAAAAUAACUUUUCCGCAUUCAAGUAACUUGCAGCUCUUAGCUUCUUUCUGCGGCCAUGAUGUGCAAAGUUCUCCUCCAAGAUCUCGCUCAAUUUCUGCUGUAAGCGCGCGUCUUUUUCAAUCUUUUAUGUUCUUUCACUUUCAGAAGCGAUCCGCGCACGAAUUGAGCGAUAUUGCGAACCUCGUUAUGUUCGAGCAUCUCAUCCCCUUCGAACUGAACCUCGAUGAGGCGGACGACGACAAACGAAACCGCGUUUUCACCAUGUAUUAUCAUUUUGGUGCCAAGGUGAGUGCCUUGUGCAUCCGGUAUUUAUGAAUAUUUGUCUUUUAGCUCUACGAUUGUCUUCAUACUAUAGCCAUAGAAAUGGAGAGCGAAUCGGACGGUUUUUCGACUAAAGCGAUCGCAUCCGUGCUCAAAAUGCUCAAGUUCGAGCAUUUCCUUUCGUCGGAAUGCCGAUUCCCUCCUGUCGACGACCUACUCGACAUAAUCGAGGUUUGUCUCAAAUUCAUAAUUUUCUAUCCAAUUUCUAUUAUCUUCUCUUUUUUAGAAUCGGAAGCUGGAAGAUAUCAACGUGCUCGCGAACAUUUCGGAGAUCUUUAAAAAGAAUAAAAACGGCGGAACGUUCGUUUCCUUUGAUGCCUCCGAUCCCAAGAAAGUUCCUCUAUCUCUGGCCGCCGAUGCGAUGACUGCCGUCGCCUCCAUGGCCUAUAGGUUCGUUUCUUCCCGAUAUAAUUUUAAACGCCUUUUUUCCAGUUAUCUUGCGACCAUAGUUUCGGAUAUAAUGAUGACGAACGCCAAUCCCGACAACCUCGACUACGAUCUGCAAAUGCUCGAAGACGAGGAAAUGUCUGAAAACGACGAGAAUGACGGUAGCGGCAAAGCUGCCUCUCGUAAACUGGUGAAGAAAGAGCGGAUAAGCCAUUUUCGUAACCUGACUGCAAUCGAGCCGAUUUCUCUCCAACAGAACGCCCUCCUUCUACUUGCCACUCGCCUCGGAGUGAGUUAUUUUCUCUUCUCAAUAAGAACUAAUCAGUUUCUGUUCAGAUCGAUUCAUUUCUCGAACUCUCAAACGAGAUCGGGAAACUGGAUUUCGAAGGUUCACGACUCACCCAAGUAACCCCUCUGAUGGAAGCAGCCGCCAGUGUGAAUGAGUCGAUAGUCCGCCGACUCCUUGAGCUGGGCGCCGAUCCGAAUGUGCUGUCGGUCACCAACUGCAACACCGCCCUUAUUUACGCCUCCUCGAUGUGCGGAACGGAAGUGGUUCAUGACUUGCUCACGUUCGAAGGAUCCUUCGAACUCGAUGUUUACGCUGUGAACAACUUCUAUCACGAUGCGAUGAUGGAAGCUGCGCUUGUGAACGGAAUCGACACGAUAAAAGAGUUUCUUGCCAACGGAUACAGACCAAAGUUUCUUCACCUGAAAGAAGACUUGAGGGUAGUUUCCAUUGCUUUCAGGCGUUUUAUUCAUCCUCCUAGUUCUUGCAGCAAGAAUCCGCACUCACGUUGGCCGCCUAUAGAGGACACAUACAAGUGGUCUCCUCCGUAAUGGAAUACCACGAAAAGAAUCCACCGAAAGACGACGAGGAAGUAAAGGAAUUGACCCUCGAAAAGUAUUCGGCGUUAAUGGAAGCUGCGAUGGACGGACACCUUGAAGUGUGCCGGCUGAUGAUCUCCAAGGGAACUCCCACUGAUCUGAGCAAUCCGUACUGCUUCGAGAGUCCGUUGACACUCGCCUGUUCCGGAGGAUAUCCUGAUGUCGUAGAACUACUUCUGAAGGCAGGAUCCAGAAUAGAAGAGGCGAACGACGAGAAAAACACUCCACUGAUGGAAGCGUGCAGAGAAGGACACGUGGAUGUCGUCAAGAUGCUUCUCGCCUGGCACGCCGACGUGAACGCUAUCAAUUCGGAAGUGGGAGACACUCCGAUCUCUCUAGCUGCCAGCGGAGGAUUCAUCGAGAUACUCAAGAUGUUAAUCGACAAGGGAGCCGAUUUGACUGCCGGAGCGACAUCGCCUAUCGUUGAAGCUGCGCAGGAAGGAAAACUGGAAUGCGUCCAGUUCAUACUCGCUCACUGCAAAACGAUCCCACAAGAUCAACUAAGUCGAGCUCUCGUGGCGGCCGCCGAUCACGGUUCUCUGCCGAUUGUUGAGGAAUUGGUGCGGUCGGGAGCCGAUCUGAACUUUGAGCACGACGAUCGGACCGCGCUGAUGAAGGCGGCAAAGGGAGAUCACUUUGACGUGGUUCAGCACCUCGUGAACAAAGGCGCCUCAAUCAAUUUUAAGUCGUCGAAGAACGACGCGACGGCCCUUUCUCUCGCUUGCAGCGAAGGAAACACGGACACCGCACAGUUUCUGAUAAGAAAUGGGGCUGAUCCUAUGCUGAAAAUGGACGAUGGAGUGAACUGUUUCAUGGAAGUGGCCAGACAUGGCAGCUGUGAUCUCAUGAACAUGCUCGUGGAGUUCACGAAAGGAAAUUUGCCGUUAGACAAAGAGCCGCCGAAGCUAGGAAUCACAAAGACAAAAACGAACAAAUUCAAGAAAAGAAGGGGAACGCCUUUGGUGAGUGAAUUUGCCGGAACAUCUAUGAUUUCAUCCGUUCGCAGAAUAAAUUGCAGGCAUCGGACAUGAUGAUGAUGCUGAACGGAAUGUAUCCGAAGAAGAAGAACUGCAAACACGCCAACAUGCACGACAUGCCCUAUUCUACUCAUGAAGUUGACAUGCUCACUCAUUUACUCAAAUUACAACAGUGAGUUCUCUCUGUUUCGUUUCACUUUAAAGAUAAUUUCAUUUCCAGGCAAAUGGUUGCCUACGAAUCUCCGAAAGACGAAGUCGGAUCAAAGGAAGUGAAGGAAGCGAUGCGAGCACUCGAGUCGGUGUACGGAGUGAACGGCGAAGGCAGGGUCAACUUCCCGCCUCCGCCAAACCGAUACGAAAUGGACAAGUUGUACAAUGGAGAACUUGUUCCGAGCAUUAAACUGUGGGCAGAGUUGGUCGCCCACGGAUGGCUGGAAAUGGAGAGAAUGGUCGGGAAGCCGAUUGAGCUCUCUUCUUUCCUCCAUUGCAACGAAGGCCACAUGAUGAACGCGGCGGCCGCUGUUUCGGCUGCUGCUGCCGCUGCCACCGGAUUGGACAGCCAGACGUACCUUGCAUCCAUAUUUGCCAGGGUUAGAUUAGAUUCUUCUGAAAUGGCAACACUUCAAGUUUUCAGAUGAACAACGGCGAGGAGAUGCCACGAGUUCCAGCCACGGUCGGCUCACUGAAUGCGGCCAGCGCUGCGAUGGCAGGUAUCAAUUUCCAUUCGGACGAUGCGAUGCGACUGUUUGGAGGAACAACAUUUGCCACCAGAUGUACAUAUAUAUUCAAAAGGUUUACUAGUUUGUGCAAAAAAAAUACAUUUCAGUAAUUCACGACAAUAGAAAGCUGUGUAAUCAUCAGCAGUACGCAGCAGUCCAUCACAUUCAGGAAUCUGCUUUCCGUGCCGCCCUUCUCAAAAUGAGUUCCAAUCAUAGAGAGCGGAAGGGCGCCGCGAUUAGCAUCCGAGACAUGAGAGCCAAUUUUCCCAUCGAAGAUCCUAGGCCGAAGCUGGUCCCGAAGAAUCCUGCGCCGCCUGUUCCGAAGAGUACUACCAGUAUCACCGUGGCCAAAUCUCCAGCAGCGACGGCUUCAUUGGAAGUGACAACUGAGCAGCCGGCGAUUUCCGCGGAAGAAAUUGCUGACAAAGUUAGGCUCCUUGAAAAAGAAAGAGAAGAGUUGCGUGUUCAGAAGGGAGUGAAGGCGUCGAAGACGUAUCCUGGUAUCAUUAAACUGGCCGGAGAAAUGGAGCAGUUGUGGAGGUCGAAACCAACACAAGCGAAUCACGACAUGGCCGUUUUGACUGCGUAUAUUGCAAGCACUCUACCUGAAUACGACUUCGGAGACUCCAAGAUUGAAUGUACGAAUGUAGUGGGGGGCAAGACGGAAAAAGCUCUUCCGCGAGGGGCACCGCACGGACGGAGGAGGCCUCCUUCAGCCUAUCGAUUCCUUAGCUGCCAAACGAACGCGGAAGCGGCCAUCACGUGUCCGGCCUGGUGUAAACAUGCGGCUGUCUGCGUCUCGUGUGCUUUCGUGUCGGCGAAUUUAGGUCUUAGAACCAAUAUUUUCGAGUCAAUUAUCUGAAAUUAGAGCAAAUGGACUAUGCAAGUAGAUCAAUGCCAGAAAAGGCGCGAAACAAAAACCUUUUUUGUGCUAGGCGGCUCAUUCUGGCUAGUAGCAUUUCAACGUUAUCUUGCGUUUUCGUUCAGUUUGAUUCGCAUCUCGCCGGCCGACGCGCCUGUACUGUGAAAAAGCGCCGCUGCCGACGGGGGACUAGAAACCACAUGCCGUGGCCUAGCUUUCUCGGCUCUCUGUUUUUCUCCGUCUUUCGGCCCACAAGUCGCUUAUUUUACCUAAUUUAUCAUUUUUCUGAGUUAUUCUACUGAGAAAGCAUUGAUCGCGUUGAUGAGAGAAGAGUGAAAGAAUUUUUUGAGCCAAACUCCGUUCGAUUGCCUUCGCGGAAGAGCUAAAUACUGAAAGAAAAACAAAAAAAUUUCAGUCGGCGUUUUCUGAAUUCGCAGUACUUCUUAGAUAAUUUAUUUUCAGUUCAAUUUUGGACUGAAACCAAAAUCGCAGUUAUUGAUUAUUCGAGAAUAUCAAACUUUUGCUCUAAUUCGACGCAUUCUUUUUUAGCUGGCGACCGUGUACUCAAGAAGAUCUUCGCGGGGAAACCGGAGAAGGAACAGCAAGCAAUUUUGGCGCAAGCUAAAGACACAGUUGAGAACUAUACUGGCAGCCAACUCCUAAAACGCUCUCUCGAAUCUUGUAUGAUUUUCUUCUUUCCUUUUCUCUAUCUCUUAACCGUCGUCAGCUUUCAUUGUUUAAUUUUCAAAAUUUUCAGUGACCGAUAAACGGUUGAAGGACGAAUAUCUGAAACUCUUCCGAGAUUCGGCGGAGUGUGCGUUCUAUGACCAGUGUAUCAGGGAAAAGAACCAACAAAUAAAGGCCGUUGAGCAGAAAGCCAGCGGAAAAACAGCAGUCAACACAAGUUUAGGGGCACAGGUAUUCAAAAAAAAUAAAAAUGUUUUUUAGACAUUUUAUAAUUUUUUCAGGUGAAGGCCGUAGCAAAAGCACAAAUGGCAAAAUCAGUAGCUUCACAGCAGAGUCAGCAAGGACAGCUCAGACGUACACAUUCCGAAGGUGAUGGCGCCGAAAGGGCCAAAACCCGCUCAAAUGCCAUCGACAAAGCGACCGAAACGACGUUGGAGACUCCUUUGACGAUUGCAUGUGCAAACGGACACAAGGAGAUUGUCGAGCUGUUGCUUAAAGAAGGAGCUAAUAUAGAACAUCGAGACAAGAAAGGCUUCUCUCCACUCAUAAUUGCGGCCACUGCCGGACACGCUCCAGUUGUCGAGGUUCUUCUCAAAAAUCACGCGGCGAUUGAGGCACAGUCCGACAGAACCAAGGACACUGCCCUUUCGCUCGCCUGUUCAGGUGGCAGGAAGGAUGUUGUAGAGCUGCUGCUUUCUCAUGGAGCUAAUAAGGAACAUCGCAAUGUCAGCGACUACACGCCACUCUCAUUGGCCUCUUCCGGAGGGUAUAUUGAUAUUGUUAACAUGCUGUUGACUGCCGGAUCCGAAAUAAACUCGAGAACGGGGAGCAAACUGGGUAUAUCUCCGCUUAUGUUGGCUGCGAUGAACGGACAUCGUGACGCAACGAAAGUGCUGCUCGAGAAGGGCAGCGACAUUAAUGCUCAGAUAGAGACCAAUAGGUAAAAACAGAAUGAAUACCAGGUAUAAAACAGCUUUGCUUAUUUCAGAAACACGGCGCUCACAUUAGCCACAUUCCAAGGUCGUACUGAAGUUGUUAAGCUGCUCCUCACGUUCAACGCUAAUGUUGAGCACCGAUCGAAAACUGGGCUCACUCCAUUAAUGGAAUGUGCCAGUGGCGGGUACGCGGAUGUCGGAACUCUUCUGAUUGAAGCAGGCGCUGACACUAACGCAGCUCCUGUUACUUCUUCAAAAGAUACAGCUCUGACAAUCGCCGCUGACAAGGGUCACGAGAAGUUCGUUCGGAUGCUGCUCGAUAACGACGCUCCUGUCGAUCUUCGCAAUAAAAAAGUGAGUUUGAAGCAAAACGUAUCAAUUUUAACAUCAUUCCUGCUUCAGGGCUGUUCUGCAUUGUGGUUGGCGUGUAAUGGCGGUCACAUUUCCACUGUGAAAACUUUGAUUGAGAAAGGAGCCGAUCCGGACACUUUCGACAAUCGGAAGAUUUCACCGAUGAUGGCUGCAUUCCGAAAAGGAUAUGUGGACAUUGUCAAGUACAUGGUGGGACAUGCGAAGCAGUUCCCCAACGAGCAAGAUCUGGCGCGGGCUCAACAGACAGCGGAAAGUGAAGAGAUACGCAAAAAGUGUGGGGAAUGCAUCAUAAUCAUUCGAGAUGCGAAAAAGGCGCAAGCUGCAUCGGCCGAAGAGGCUGCUGAGGCAUUGCUUAAAAUCGUUGAAGAGGAGGUUUGUGGACAUGUCUUCUACUUUUGAAAUCUGUUUCAUUUUUCCAGAAAGUCAAGGACCAGGCAAAGAAAGCCAAACUGCAGGAAAAAAAGAAAAAGAAGAAAGAGGCGAAACGGAGCAAGCUGGAGUCUUCGAAGCCCGACGAAACGGAAUUCGAAGCGGAUCUUGAGCCGGAGCCUGAACCAGAACCCGAGCCGGAGCCAGAACCUGAACCGGAACCGGAACCUGAACCAGUUGUCGUUGAAGAGCCGAAGGAACCUCCGAAGCCACGACGAAACCGCAGGAAAACCAAUCCGAACGGAGUGCCAAAAGAGAAGGUUGUGAAAGAAGUAAAGGCGGAGCCAGUAGAAGAAGAACCGUCUGAAAUGCCGUACGAACCCAUCGUCGUGACUAUUCCACCACCAGCUCAAGUGCACGCACCGAUGGUUUCCCCGGGAUCGUUCUCUGAAUCGGAGGAAUGGUGUAAAGCUGGAAAAGAAGGAAAGAAGGCCAGACCAUCUAAGAAAUUGGGCUCACAGGCGGGACCUUCCAGUAUAGCAUCGAGCCAAGCGAAGGAGUCUUCUACGACUUCGAGUGUCACUUCCGACCAUGGAUACGUGUUCGACAUCGACACGGUGAGUGGAUCAGUUGUUCAAGCCUCGAUAUAAUUUUUUUAUUUGUAGAAGCAGAAGAAGUUGUGGACGAUGACGAUCAACGGAGUGCUUAUGUCUCGAGUGAUCGGUCGUGCUGGUUCGAACAUUAAUGCAGUCCGUGAAGCAACUGGAGCGAUUAUUGAGAUUGAGAAGCAGGGAAUCCGGAAAGAGCAGGAUAGAGAAGUGGUGGUGCGAGGAACUCCAGAUUCCGUCAAGCACGCCGUUGCUAUAAUUCAAUUGCUUCUUGCCGAUCCCGAUAUUCUGAUCACCGAUGCAGUUCGGACAGUUCUCCGUGGGAACUCGUCUGUCGCCUCUUCGGUCUCUUCUGAAGGAACAUCGAAAAGUGCUGUCGACGCAUCUCAAACAUCCAUCCCUCCUUCCCUGUCUAACCAUAACAUUGCGCGUCAGUCUUCUUCUCCGGCGCCUUCACAUCAUCAGAGCCAAAGAUCUGCCAAAAAUCAGCAAAAAGAACAGGGAGGUGGAAAUGUGUGGCAUCAACGAAUGGCCGCCCGGCAGGAGAAAGUCGAGCCCGUUCCAUCGCCAGUCGUACAGCCGAGGGUCCAAACACACCCUCAGGUUGUUCAGCGCACUCCGUUGCCACCAUCGCCAGCGAUGCACCAACUUCCUAAAGAACACGCCCAUGCUCACCCAACACAGCUGCCACAGACUCCUAUUAUGGAAUCAAUGAGGCCAGUUUUACCACCAGCCUCAAUUCCUACGCCGACAGUAUACGGUACGUUACUCCAUUAAAAUUUUUUAUCACAAUAAUCUUUCAGCUUCUCCCCAACCUCCCAUUGUGGAUCGUGUCAUAGCUCCACCUGUCAGGCAUCAACCCGUGGCGGCAAUUGUUCAGCCAGUACAACACAGCAGAAUAGAACCUGUGGUGCAGAAACGUCUAACGGAAGCUAUCCAGCGCCUCCCGGAUCCAAUUGGACAUCAACCACGUCUUCCUGAACCGAUAGGACAUCCCGCCCGUCUUCCUGACCCGAUAGGACCACCAGCUCGCCAUCCUGAUCCAAUCGGUCAACCGUCGCGUCUGCAAGAUGCGAUAGGUCAAGCAUUGCGCAUCGCUGACCCAUUUAGCCAGUCAUCACGUCAUCCUGAUCCGAUUUCUCGCCCAUUACCAGGAACCCAACCAUCCAAUUCGGCUUUACAGUCGCAGCCUUCCGUGUUUUCUAGAGCACCGGGUACUCGGCCGAAUCCUGAGUUUUCUAGGGCCGUCGGUGCCCCGCCCAGCAGCACUAAUCCCAUUCGUAACGAGUUGUUCGAUGAGCCUGCUGUAGCUUUUGGGCAGUUCAAGCCUACCGCCUCAGCACCGAAUCAGAUGCCUUCCACUUCAAACUUGGUGUCUUCGAACGAUGGCAGAAAUGGAACCGUCGACAACUUUGAUAUCUCCAAGUACAGAAUGUUCGACGAAGGAAAAGACAUAUGGGGAAAGCCGGAGACAGAGGAGCCGUCGGUUUGGGGAGGUCUGUUCACGCAGUUCUUGCAGCCUCGAGACACCCCGACGCUGAGCACGCAGAACUCGACUCUGAACAGCACAACGAACAACAAUGAUACGACUUCGGUGAGUUUGUGAACUACGCUGCUAAGCCGAAAGUUGAAUUUCAGAGUGACUGGGGCAACGGAGACUUUAUGGGACAUCUGCUCGCUCCGAAUGCUUCUAAUACUUCUUCAAGUUCGGCACAGAACGCGACGACCAAUUCGACUUCCGCUCAGCAGGCUAACUCUUCAGCUCUCAGUUCUGGAUUGUCGGCGUUGGAGCAAAAGGGCUGGAUUCCGGCUCCGUAUGCGCAGUCCGCCCGUGAUCCGAACAGAAGCCAGCCGCCGUUGUUCGCCAGAUCGCCGACUAACUCGGCGACCAACGUUGUUCCGUCUAGUCUGCAGCAGCAACAACAACAGCUGAUUCAGCAGCACCACCAACAGCAGCAGGCUCUGCAGCAGCAACAACAGAGACUGCAACAGCAAUUCCAGCAACAAUAUCAGCAGCAAUCGCAGUCGAGUCUCAAUGAUGUGCACUCUAUGAAUCCGAAAUACGCCAUGCUCCAACAGCAACAACAUCUUUACAAUCAGAUGCAGUCGCUGAAUUCAGAUCAGCACGGAUCGAAUAUUUACAGCCAGGUGAGAGAGGCACUUGUCUCCAUGAACGCGCCCUCAUCGUCACUGCAACUUCAGCUAGCUGCUCAACUGUUAACCCACCAGGAAAGCGCAACUUCUGGUCCGUCUUCGCAUGCGGGUCAACCGGGUAAUCAGCUCUCCAACAGCUAUUAUCCGUCGCCUUCGUACACCGACAACAGUGUCCUCGGACAGCUUGAUAUCGCUCAGAGAGGAAUAAAGCAGUUUGAUGGGUUCAAUGUGAGUCACGUAUUCAAAAGAAAAAUCAUAAGACUGUUAUUGCAGAAUGAUCCUCCUCCAGCCAGCAGCAUGAUGGCUGCUCUUCUCGAGCAGCAGAAAAAGACGGCCUCUGCGCAAACCAUGCAGUCUGGAUAUAUGGUAAAUUCGACUUUGAACGUUUUUCUUAUAUAUUGUAUGUUCCAGCAUGGAACCAAUCAGCCCCAGCCGUUUGGAUCUUCGAGCAGCAGUCUGCCGACUCAGUCCCGCUUGCCAAUGAUGCCACGUCAGCAGCCGCCUCCGUUUGUUCCCGCCCCACAGGCUCCUCCAGGCUUUGCUUCUCUCAGCGGACCUUCAUCGUCGAGCGUUCAAGGAACCAGUCAGCAGCGUCAAAUCUCACAGAUAUACCCGUACAGCCAAACUCAGCAACAGCAGAUGCCAUUCAAUCAGAUGUCUCAGUAAGAGACCCCGACUUUAUCUAUUUUCUUAAUUAGCCUCAUGCAGAUUGGAUUGGAGCCGUCAACUCGGUCAGCAGCCGCCAUCCCAACAGCAGCAGCCGCCGAACCCACAGCAACCGCCACAGUCGUCCAAUAAGUGGGGCGCCAACUGGUAG